ACGGGUCGGGUAACUCAAAACUUGACACGAGAAAUCGAAAUCGGAAUUGAAAUUGAAGAACAAGCAGCUGGGGAUCGGAUCGAAACCUUUUCCUUUUGAAUUGAAACUAGGUCUUGCGAUUGCCUCCGUCGCCGUCCAUGGCGGAUGGGUACUGGAACCAGCAGAGACAGCAUCAGCCUCCGAUGUCGUCGAUCUCCCACGGUGGUCCUCCAAAACGUCCCCGUUCUGACUUCGGACAUGAUAUGCACAGUUACGUGUCACGUGAUGAGGAUCGAGGAGGCAACCCUCAUGCAGUAAAAGAUACCAGAACUAUCGGCUCAGCUUAUGACCUCUACCUCCAGAGUGUGCAAACGUCAUCUACGCCAUCUGAAGAAGCUGGUCGGUUUAACAAUGGUGUUGGCAUGGGAAGACGAGGAGGUGAGGGCGUGAUGCCUAGUCCGUCCAUGGGUGAGCUCAUGGCUGGGCGCGGUGGAAUGCUGCCUCCAGAUUUUGGGCGAGGAUUGGGUUUUGGUCAACAAGAUUUAGUUGGUAGGCCUAGCAGGGAGCUGCUUCGUCUACCUCCGGAUGCAUCCAACACUCUGUUUGUUGAAGGGCUUCCUUCUAAUUGCUCAAGGAGAGAAGUAUCUCAUAUAUUUCGGCCCUUUUUGGGAUAUAAGGAGGUGAGACUUGUGACUAAAGAUUCGAAGCAAAGGAAUGGAGAUCCUAUUGUUCUUUGUUUUGUUGAUUUUGAAAAUCCUGCAUGUGCAGCAACUGCUCUUACCGCCCUGCAAGGCUAUAGAAUGGAUGAAAAUGAACCUGAUUCCAAGAGUUUGCAAAUCCAAUUUUCAAGAAACCCAGGUCCAAGACCAGGACAACGAGGAGGAAGGAGAUGAUGACUCAGUGUCCCUAGGAGUAAAAUCUCUUAAUCCAUACAUAUCUCAUUCAAAGCAAUAGAGAUGUAUGGUUAGACACAAGAGUCUAGGAGAUGAGUUGAUUGUAAUCUAAAGUCUCUCGCUCUCCUUUUUUCCACCUUCUUGAUAGAUUUAGUGCAUCAUCUUACUACUGCUAUUUAUCAAGCCUAAAAAACUUGUUACAACCCUUUCCUUUGUAUGUGUGGGAAUGAUACGGUUUAUGAUUUUGAUAGUAUCCUUAGGGAUUGCACUUAUUCAUUA